AUGGGACAAGUGUUGGGUUGUGUUCAAGUGGACCAGUCAAGUGUAGCUCUCAAAGAAGUUUUUGGGAAGUACGAUGAUGUGCUUGAACGUGGUUGCCACUGUGUGCCAUGGUGUUUUGGCAACCGGGUGGCUGGUGAACUUUCGUUGCGUGUGAGGCAGCUAGAUGUUCGUUGCGAAACAAAGACAAAGGACAAUGUUUUUGUCACUGUCGUUGCUUCUAUCCAAUAUCGAGCACUGGCAGAAAAGGCAGUGGAUGCUUACUACAAACUUAGCAAUACCAGAGCACAGAUACAAGCCUAUGUUUUUUAUGUUAUCAGGGCAAGUCUUCCAAAGAUGGAACUAGAUUCUGCUUUUGAACAGAAGAAUGAAAUUGCAAAAGUAGUCGAGGAAGAACUUGAAAAUGCUAUGUCAGCAUAUGGAUAUGAGAUAGUUCAGACUCUUAUUUUGGAUAUUGAGCCAGAUGAGCAUGUGAAGAGAGCCAUGAAUGAGAUAAAUUCUGCUGCGAGAUUGAGGGUGGCUGCAAACGAGAAAGGUGAAGCAGAGAAGAUAUUGCAGAUUAAGCGGGCAGAAGGGGAUGCAGAGUCAAAGUAUUUAUCAGGGCUUGGAAUAGCUCGUCAGCGCCAAGCUAUAGUAGAUGGGCUGAGGGACAGUGUGCUAGCUUUCUCUGAGAAUGUGCCUGGGACAACAUCAAAAGAUAUCAUGGACAUGGUUUUGGUGACCCAAUAUUUUGACACGAUGAAGGAGAUUGGUGCAUCCUCAAGGUCCAAUGUUGUUUUCAUUCCACACGGACCUGGUGCUGUUAGAGAUGUUGCUUCACAAAUUAGAGAUGGUCUUCUCCAAGGAAAUGCGAUUCAACCUUGA